AUGCUGUGGAGGGCCCUUGCCCUUCCCAACUUCGCCGGAGUUCGCCUCCACGGCUUCCUCGACGGCUCGGCCAGGGUGCCGGCGCCGACCGUGACGACAGGCACCGGCAAGGCCGCCCGCACCGUGUCCAACCCUGAGUACGAGCAGUGGUGGACGCUGGAUCAGAAGGUCCUCGGGCAUCUCCUCGGUUCGAUGAACGUGGAGAUCUCUGCGCAGCUCAUCGGCUGCAGGACGACGGCCGUGCACACCAUGUUCGACGUCGAGAAUAGCGCCGGCGUGCGUAACCUCCGGCGCCAGAUCCAGACGCUGAGGAAAGGAGAUCGCCUCGCCGGCGAGUAUAUGCAGAAGGUCAAGGCCCUCGCUGAUUCGAUGGCCGCCGCUGGCUCUCCUCUUUGCGAUGAUGAGAUCAUCGACUACAUGCUGACCGGGCUCGGCUCGGCGUUUAACCCCAUCGCUGCUUCGAUGAACUUCGCAGGCAUGCCUAUCACGUUUCCCGCGUUCUACUCCAGUGUCCUUCACUAUGAGGCCCUUCAGCAGCAGCAAUCGGAGCUUGAGGAUUGGCAGUCCUCCGCCAAUGCCGCGUCCCGGCCGGUCUACCACAACACAUCCGGCCGCACGCCCGACUCUGGACGCCCGAGUGGCGGCCGUCCUUCCGCCGGCUCCUUCCCGCCAGGCUCGGGCGGCUACGACCCUAGCCAGGGCAGCGCCCCUAGCCGCAACAACCACUACUAG